UUCCCUAGGCAUGAUACAGCUAAAGCUCUCCCUUCUCUAGUCUCAGUUUCUGCGUCAGUUUGCGGGUGUGGUUUAGAACACAGAGCUCUUUAAAAGGAGCUGCAGCAAAUGACCUGAACUUUGUCUUCACUUCAGCUGCAGCAUCUACUCUGUGCUUUUUAAGACAAACAUGGACAGCAACUUUUACAACCCAAACAUGGAGGGCAACUUUGGAUGUGACAGGACAAAUAAUGAGGAGCUGAGGAUAGUGAUGGUUGGGAAGACUGGAAUUGGGAAGAGUGCCACUGGAAACACCAUUCUGGGACGACAAUGCUUUGAAUCGAAGUUCAGUGCAAAAUCUAUGACUGUAGACUGUGAAAAGGGCAAAGCUGUGGUGGAUGGGCAAAAGGUUGCUGUUAUCGACACCCCAGGCCUGUUCGACACCAGAUUUGGCAUGGACAAAACAGCUCAAGAUAUAUGCCAGUGCAUCUCUUAUGCUUCUCCUGGACCCCAUAUAUUCCUGGUUGUCAUCAGGCUGGGCAGAUACACUGAAGAGGAAAAGCAGACGGUGCAAAAGAUUCAAGAAAUCUUUGGCCAGGCAGCAGAUAGAUAUAGCAUGGUUCUCUACACUGGUGGUGACCUUCUUGAAGACACCACUAUUGAGGCAUUCUUGGAAGAUUGUUCUGAUCUGCAGGAACUCGUGGGCAGAUGUAACGGCCAGUACCAUGUCUUCAAUAAUAAGACAAAGGAUCGCACUCAGGUCACUGAGCUGCUCCAGAAGAUCAGAUGUAUAGUCCAGAAGAACGGAGGAAGCCACUACACCAAUGAGAUGUUCCAAGAGGCAGAGAGGGCAAUCGAAGAGGAGAAACAACGCAUCCUGAAAGAGAAAGAGGAACAGAUACAAAAAGAGAGGGAGGAACUGGAGAGGAAACUUCAGGAAAAAUAUGAAAAAGAGAUAAAUAAAAUCCAGAACCAACUCCAGGCUGAGAGAGAGAGGGAGAAGAAAGACAGAGAGGAAGAGAGGAGAAGGGAGAAACAUAGACAGGGUGAAUGGACAGUUCCUGAAUUUGUGGUUCUCAGUGUGAAGCAUGGAGGUGUGAUGGACAAUGACUGCAAACACACCUCUAGGUUAUGUAAGGGCUAUUUGUUCAAGAAGGAGAGUGAUGGAGUGCUGCAUCAGAUGACCUGGCCUCCACAAUCACCCGAUCUAAUUCCAGUUGAGAUGGUUUGGGUUGACCACCUCAUGAGGCUGACUGAGAGGACGCCGAGAGCGUGCAAAGCUGUCAUCAAAGCAAAAGGUGGCUACUUUGAAGAAUCGAAAAUAUAA